AACUAGAGAAAAAAGAGAUUUGUCAGGAUACAAAAACAAGAGUGCAAAAUAGUGGAAAAGGGCAAAUCCACUUUGGAUUUGUGCUGGAUUUGCGCUCGGUGCGAUGGCGAUCAAUCAGAACACGACCCACGACGACUCAUCCUCGUUGCAAGGUGGUUCGGCCAGCAGCAGCGAUUCAGCGCACACCCUUUGGAAACUGUUGGAGCAUUUGCUGGAGAGCAUUAAGAAUGGUAACCUGAGUCGCCCUUCCGAAGAGGAAUACCAGAAGAUAUGCGAAUACAUCGUGGUGCUACUGGCCGCCGACCAGCGGGACUCGAUCCGCAAGAACAACAUCCGGAACGUGCGGCUGCUGGCGGAUGCUAUCACGAAACAGCUGCAGCAGCUGGUCGAACAGAAGGCCUACCGCGAGCUAGUGAAGGAUUGCCUGGAGAAGUUGUACGCAGCGGAUGCGCUGUCCUCGCAAAAGUUCCCGUCGCCUUUUACGACGAUCAUGCUCGCCCUGAUGGAACCGAAGCAGGGCGCCGCAUGGAUCUGUUCGAAGAACGUUAGCGAUGAACAUAUCAAGAAGAUUCUGACCGUUUUCAUCGACUGGCUGUGUACGAUCAACUUUGCCCCGAACCUGAACGUGUGGAUCGUCCAGAUGGUGGAAGGAUUGUUGACAAAGGGCAAAACGAACUGUGUUUUAAAUCUGCGCAAGGAGAAGCUGAAACAGUGCAAGGAAUUGAUGCUACUGCCACACUAUCAGCAACAACUUGCUCCAGUCAUCAGUUGUUUGGAGUCGGUCGAGGAUCUUCAACCGCUGGAUGAUGGUCGACUGGACUAUAACUAUGCAGAGUCGUACGACGGCUCACUGGAGACGGAUGCAUCGUUGAUCCGCUCAAACGCCCGUGUCGGUUUGGUCAACCUAGGCAAUACUUGUUACAUGAACAGUGUGGUGCAAGCACUGGCCAUGACCAAGCAAUUCUGCACCGAAGUUCUAAUGAAGCAAAUCGAUGCGCCACCAUUUUCCGAAAUUCAGCAGCUGCUCGCUCUGCUCAUUCAUUCCCGCAGGCCCGAACUGACGCCACGAGCAGUGCUGGCAACAACCCGUCCCCCGGGGUUUGCUCCUGGUUAUCAACAGGAUUCAUCCGAGUUUCUCAGCUAUCUGCUUGAUCGGCUGCAUGAGCAAGAGAAGAAACUACUGCUCGUCGGAAGUGGUGAUGGUGGUGGUGGCGCCGCUGGGUCCUCAAACAAGACACUGGUGCAGAAAACCUUCGAGGGUCAGCUUUCCGUUGGGUGUCGAUGCACCGUAUGCAACAUCACUAAUCAUACGAUCGAAGCGUUCCGUUCCCUCGAUCUUGCCUUUCCGGAUGACAACACCAUGACGGCGAACGGUGAUGGAACACAUUCCGUGCAGAAGCUGCUCGACUUCUACUGCUCAUCCGAGAAGCUGGCCGGGGAAAACCAGUACUUUUGCGACCGAUGCCAGCAUUUGCGCGAUUGCGAGCGCUCCGUGACCGUCACGGUACCGCCACAAAAUUUGAUACUUACGAUAAAACACUUCCGAUAUGACCAGAGUCGUCAGCUACGGGCCAAACUUAUGAACAAGAUCCUGCACAACGAGAACAUUUCGCUUGUCGUAACCGAUAGUGAUGGGCACCAGCGGCAGCUGCACUACCGCAACUAUGCGGUGGUCGUACACUACGGUACGAGCAUGGAUUCGGGACACUAUUACACCUACGCUCAGGACGGUACCGGUACGUGGUUUAAAUUCAACGAUAACUACGUCACAGAGUGUACGACCGUUGAGCUACAGAAGCUUCCGACCCCGAACACGCCGUACAUUCUGUUCUACCAGCUGGUCGUUGACGGUAAUGGUUCUUCGCAGGCGAUCCGCGGUGAAGUAGCGGCCAGCGAAGAAGCGGCACUCGAUCCUAGCGGCUACGAAACCUUUCCGGCACUGAACGAACUGCCCAGCCGACUGCAGGAGUUCGUGCGGGAUGAUAAUCUGUUGUACCACCGCGAGGUGCAGGAACAGCGAGAUAAAAAAGCUUCCAAAAUGCCGCUUCUAUCGCUCGGCAGUGGUGGUGGCAAUCGACGGCCUUCGGACGACUAUGACGAUCCGCCACCGAGUUCUUGCGGCAGUAAGUGGCUACCGUCGUCAAACAAUUUCAUCUUCUAAGCUUCGCCUGGCUGUGAGGUGGGAGUGUUUUCUUCCUUCUUCUUUUUUAUCCCUUAUGUUUCCUUGUAUCGGAUUUAUCAGUUCCCCCGCUUCGACGGCAUAGGGAGCGAACUAAGAAUGGCGCAUCAUAAGUUGUUAAAAUUAUUAAACUGCAACAAAUUAUCCCCAAUAAUUCGAUAUGUUCGUCAUUUUUAGAAAGGGAAGUGGAUCGCUUUCGUGGAUCAAAAAUAAAACAAAACAAGAAAG